GUCCCGGCCAUGGCGGAGGUGCUGGAGUUCCGUGUGCCCGCGGGCAGUGCCCACACGCUGCUGGUCUGGGGGCUGGAGCCGCAGCCGGGGCUGGAGCACUCCCUGUUCUCCGCGUUCUCCAGGUUCGGGCCGCUGUACUCGGUGUGGGCGCGCGGCAACGCCGCCGUGGCAGGGCCGGGGUGCUGCGGGGUCAUCAAGUUCUACUCAGCUGGGGAUGCCAGCAGGGCCCAGCGCGCCUGCAACGGGCAAAGGCUGUUUCAGAAACGCCCCUUGAAGGUUUGUGUUUGCCCCAAGCAGAGGGGGAUUCAGCAACAAGCCCCUGCCCUCAGCAGCAACAAGUGCCAGGAGUUGGCCAACCACUACCUGGGCUUUAACGGCUGGUCCAGUCGCAUCAUCACGCUGCAGAAGGUGUCUGCCCUUGAUGGUGAGAAUGAGGAGCUGGGACAGAGCUCCCAGCAGGGAUCUGUGGAGUUCCUGUGUGCUCUGGAGCUGACGCUGCCCCAGCACGGGGUGCGCAGCAGGGGAGUUGCCGUGGGCCAGGCAGCCGUAGGAGAUGGGCAAGAUCCCCUGGAGCUCAUCACAGCCACGAGAAGAGCUCAGAAGCUCGCGGUGGGGAAAGCUCUGUCUGGGGCCUUCCAGAAGAUCCUCCUCAUAGUCUUGGAAAAUGGGAAAGUGGCCGUGGAGUACAAUUCCUGCCAGGAGGAGCCCACGGACUCCUUAACAGAAGAGGAACUGAAGGGGCUUGUUCAGGUCAAUGAAUUGUCCUUGGAACAACUUGACCUUGAAGAAGAAGAAGUUUUGUCUGAUCUCAGUUUGGAUGAUAAGCCAUGAAAUGCCCUUUUUGCUUUUCCUCCAGAUGCCCAACAGGGAAAGAAAUGGGCAAUAAACCCUGUGUUCCUAAAAGUAAGCCCCCAGAUACAUGCUGGUUUUGGAGAGGAGGUGUUUUGCUGUCAGCCUGCUCAGGUCAGCUCUCUCUGGAAGCCAGCUUAGCUGCAUGAUUGGUGUUCAGACAGGACAGCAGGUGUGAGCAGCACUCCCAGGACAGCCAAAGGAACAAGCUCUCCCUGCAAGAGCCAUGUACAGCUCCAGGUCACUCUGAUCCACGGGAGAAAGUCUGAGAUGGAAGAUGUCUUAGCAGCAGGAGGAGCUGUGGGGCUGACCCAGCUCUGCACGGGCACAGGAAGAAGCAUUUCUCUAAGUGCAAAUUGUUUAAAAUAAAGUUACAAAGUCUC